AUGUCCAACGUUCGCUUAAAUGCACUAUUGGAAGGGCCUCAUCUCUGGGUCGCGAAUGUUGGAAAAUGGCCGAUGAUGUUCUUAAAAAGCAUUACACAGACAUAUAUGAGGGACUUGCAGACGAGAAACCUAAUAAUUAUGAAUUUAAAUUAUAUAAUCCGCAAAGCCCAAAAAAAAAGUUCAAAAAAAUUGAAGGGACUUAAAUCUCCUACACCAAAACAUGUAAAAGACACCGUCGACCCUUGUUCUUCUUCUACUCCGACAGAUGCGUUAGCCGAUAGCCAGCUUGGAUUACAUUCCAGUUCAGUAGAUACUAAUAGCGAGGAUACGUUACCCAAUAACCAAUUUGAAUGUAAUUACAAUUCAGGAAAUUUUUUUGACGAGGGCAUUCGCACCUCAACAAUUCUUUUGGCACAACAUUUAAACAACCAAGACUAUAGCAACUUUUGCCCUCCCACGCCACCAGAUGCUGUGAGGACGUUACCCGAUUUCCUAUUCGAAUCGGCCAAACUUACUGAUGAGGUAGAUAACCCUAACAACAUUCAGACACAACAGCUGUGCAAUCAUUUCGAAAUUUACAACGGUCAACCGUUGGUUUUCUGUCUCCAGGAGAAUUUAUACUCGCCACAGAUGAUUGCACUUGCACCGAUACCGAUAGACGAAAAUAUUGAUUCACAUUCAACGGUCAGGUAUGAACUUGCGGCCUUUUUAUGUAUUCGAACAUUCAGCAUAUAA